UAUCUCCCUGGCGGCGCGGCGGCGUCAGCAGCAGAGGCAGCGACAAGCACCUCCCCCCACCGGCGCCGGACGCGCAGGUUCCUGUACUCCCGCCGCUACACCAUCGAGGUCAUGGUGGUGGUCGACACCAAGAUGGCGCGUUACCACGGCAAGCACUUUAACCAAUAUGUCCUUACACUCAUGUCUGUGGUGGCGUUAAUAUUCAGAGAUGCGAGCAUUGGCAAUCGGAUCGACAUAGCGGUGGUAGAAGUAGUACGACAGGACAGGCAGUUUGUCACCCCGAGAAAGGAUCACAAAAACAGUGCUGAGGUACCAGGCAAGUCUGCUGAGGAGAUGCUGAAGAUGUUCUGCAAGUGGCAAUACAUGGGGCUUAAGCGCAACCCUAACCAUCCCAGACGCUACGACACUGCCCUCCUCCUCACCAGGGAGAAUAUAUGUCGCAACCCGUCUACCAAGAACUGCGACACCCUGGGGCUGGCCGAGCUGGGGACGAUGUGCUCCCGCCACUCAUCAUGUUCCAUCGUCCAGGACAACGGCCUAUCUGCUGCCUUCACCAUCGCUCAUGAACUUGGCCAUCUGUUGAACAUGCCCCAUGAUGAUGAUAAGAAGUGUAGCAUCCUGGAGGGCACCAAUGAUGGGAGCCAGUGGAUGAAUGUGAUGAGUCGCAUGCUGGACCACAACACGCUGCCGUGGGAGUGGUCCAACUGCUCCAGGCACCAUCUCACUGAUUUCCUUCAGGGUGGCCAUGGGUGGUGUCUAGAGGAUGAGCCUUGGACCAACAAACUAAUUGAAGAGACAACUGAAUUCACACUGGCUGGGGAACUCUUCAAUGCCAGCAAGCAGUGUCAGUAUGUGUUUGGCAUGAAUUCUCGGAUCUGCCCUUACAUGCCAACGUGUAAGCGGCUGUGGUGUACCACAUCCGUAGGCAAGGAAGGAUGCCGAACCCAACACAUGCCCUGGGCUGAUGGUACCACCUGUAGCUCAGGUAGCUGGUGUCUCCGGGGAAAGUGCGUGCCCAAAGAUAAGACGGUCUUAAAGAAAGUGAAUGGUGACUGGGGUGAAUGGUUAGAAUGGAGUUCAUGUUCCCGUACUUGUGGAGUAGGUGUUCGAAGCUCCACUAGGCACUGCAACUCCCCAAAGCCUAGCUAUGGUGGUUGGUACUGCAUAGGAGAGCGUGUGCGGUAUGAGUCUUGCAUCAUGAAGCCAUGCCCCCCUGAUUCUAUAGACUACCGCACACAACAGUGUCAGGUGUAUAACAACAUGAAUUUUAACCUCUCUGAUAUUCCUGAAGAUGUCAUCUGGGUACCAAAAUAUGCUGGAAUUUCAAGAGAAGACAGUUGUCAACUUUUCUGCCAGGUUUACAAUAAGACCCGAACCUCGUACCUGAAGCUUCGAAAUAAGGUUGAAGAUGGUACUCCAUGUGGGCCUGGCACUUAUGAUAUCUGUGUCAGUGGAAAGUGUCGUACAGCUGGUUGCGAUUAUGUUCUCAACUCCACAGCAAAGUCUGAUGUCUGUGGUGUGUGUAAUGGGGACAAUUCAACUUGCCAAGUGACUGCAGGGUCCGUCGAGACGUCUCUUCCGUAUGGGUACACAGACAUUGUCACCAUCCCUGUGGGUGCUGCCAUGAUAGAGAUCACCCAGCAGUCCUAUCACGACCAAUCCACUGAUGAUAACUACCUCGCACUAGUUGAUCCAGAAACCGGAAAAUACUUGAUAAAUGGAGGCUCUGUUGUGAUUCCCUUCCCUAAGUUGGUGGCAUUUGGGGGGACGCUGUUGGAGUACUCUGGCUCUAGUUCUGUCACUGAACGCAUCAACUCGACUAAACCUUUACAGAAAAAACUAUUGGUUCAGAUCCUGUCAGUGGGUGAUUUGAACCCCCCCAACGUUGUGUAUAGUUACACAAAAUCUAACUUGCAUUCUGACCCAAAUUAUUAUUACUGGCAGUUGAAAGAUUGGAGCAAUUGCACUGAGCCUUGUGUUGGCAAACGUAAACGGACAGCAUACUGUGUGCGGGCAGACACUGGACAGGAGGUGAAGGAGGAGUUGUGCUCUUCACAUCAAAAACCAGAAACCCAGCAGGAGUCUUGUGCUCAUACUUGUCCUGUCUUUUGGGCAUACAGCGACUGGUCUAAGUGUGAACUGAAGGGCGAGCAGUGUGAGCGGGAGCGUAAGGUUGUUGGUUGUGUUUCCAGCCUGGGCAAUACUGUGGAGACUGAGCGUUGUGAAGCUGACCAACUGGUCACACAGAGAAACUGUCCUCGUGAAGAGUGUGCAACAUGGAGUUAUUCUGAAUGGUCUCCGUGUUUAUGUAAGGAUGGUGAUACUGUGGGUGUUCAGCGCCGGCCAUACUACUGUCAGCUGCGGCAACGUCCGCUGCCGAGCUGGGAAUGUGAACAACUUGAUAAACCCAUACAUAUUCGUAAUUGUUCAUGUUGGUUUGCUGAGGAAUGGAGCUCUGUGUGUGACCUGGAGGGCCAUGAUGAUACCAUUGUUGGAGGCAGCUUGUCUAACUGUGGCACUGGUGUGAUGCAACGACGUGUCUUCUGUGGCGCUCCAUCAGAUGACAUUCCACUCAGUGACUGCAGUGCCCUGACCAAGCCCCCUGAAACUAUCCCCUGUCACAUCCCAUGCCAGUCUACAACCACAGCUCCACCACCCAUUCCAGUCACCACUGAAGGUCUUCCUACAUCUUCUACAUUAACAGUUUCUGUUACAAACUCACACACUGACAACUCCUCUUCACUGAAAAAGAGGAAGGGUGGCAAGGAGCAGAACCAGCACAACUCUCUAGACACCCCAUUCCAUAAACACAAGAGUAAUGGAGACAUAUAUACUGGUGGUUCAUCUUCGAGACAGCCCCAUCAUCGUGGAAAUCAGCAGAAGGUGACAUGGACACAAGGAGGUAAUAUUGGAGUGAACCAUGGGCAAGAAACUAAUGAAAUCUCCAAUGCUCUCCCAAGUAGCCUUGAUGAAAGGGAGAGAAACAGCCGAAAUGACUUUUCUGACAAUCGCUUAGAUACCACAAGACACCAUAAUGAUUAUAGUAGAGAAAGAACCAAGAACUCCAACCGCCAUGCAUCUCAUCAGUGGGACCAACAUCGUAGCAGUGAAGAAGAGAGUAAUAAUGUGGUGCAAGAAUACGAUCCACUUAUAAUUGAUAACGAAAACCACAACACAAACUGGCAAACUGGUGGCUGGAGUACGUGUUCCCGAGACUGUGGUGGAGGAGAAAAACGCCGUCAAGUUGUGUGUAUUGGACCAGAGUCAUCCUGUCUGCCAAAUGACCGCCCAUUAGAGACUGCUCCAUGUAAUACUCAAAUUUGUACAGAAUGGUCCACAGGAGACUGGGGUCAUUGUCAUAUCCGGCGUGAACGCCAUCGAUGUGGACGUGGUCAGCAGGAACGUCUAGUUGUUUGUCGAGACCCGAAUGGCCCCCAACUGGAUGAAAAAAGUUGCCAUGCUGCAGACAGGCCCACUCACAGACGUGCCUGUAAGAUUCCUUGCAAUAAUAGAAGACGAGGUCGGCAGCGGCAACGAUACAAAUGGAAAUCUGGAGAAUGGUCACCGUGUUCGAAGGUGUGUGAUCGUGGUGUCAUGUAUCGUAAUGUGACCUGUACUGACACUCAGAUGAAUGAAACUGCUGUACACAAUGAGUACUGCCUUCGGGAAGGGUUGCCUAGGCACAAAUCCAGUCGUCGCUGUAAUAAGCAUCCUUGUCCAUUUCGUUGGGUUGCAUCCCCAUGGUCUGAGUGCUCAGAGGUGUGUGGUCCAGGAAUAGAGACAAGAGAGGUCAGCUGCCAUGCAGUCAACCACCUGGGAUGGAUUGACCCUCAACCUGUGACUCGAGGGUGUGAAGAGGGCAACAAAAAGCGAAAUACUCGCAAGUGUAACCUUGGUCAUUGUAACACGGGUUAUUAUUGGAAAGUUAAACCUUGGAAGCCAUGCCAGGCAAUGUGUGGCAAACGAGGUAGACAGCGUCGAGGAAUUAACUGUGUUAAUGAAGAGAAUCAAAGAGUGCACCAACAUUUAUGCUCAAAAGAGCAGCGUCCUCGCAAGAAACAGAAGUGUCAAGCACAGCCUUGUGGGUACACCACUUGUUCUGAGGUACAAAGUGGCAUGCAUGUGCCCGUAGAUGGAGAGUAUUCCCUGCUGGUUGGUGGACACAACAUGAGCAUCUUCUGCUUGGGAAUGAACACUUCCAGCCCCACAGAAUAUCUCACACUACCUGCAGGGGAGGAGGGGAACUUUGCCGAGAUAUACAAUAAAAUCCUGAAUCACCCAGACACAUGUCCACAUGGGGGAGAACGCCAUACUAGUUGUGACUGUACGCAAACUGAAAGCAACCACUCUGGCUACACGUCUUUCAGUAAAAUAAGACUCAACACCACAUCUCUAGUUGUUGACACCUAUGACUUCACAUUUGCUCGAGCUAUUGAUGGUCGUUUAGUACGGUAUGGAGAGGCUGGUGACUGCUUCAGCAUGGCAAUGUGUCCUCAGGGAGCCUUCUCAAUCAAUCUAGCUGGAACAGCCCUGGCAGUCUCCCCUCGAACUAAUUGGAUAACCAGAGGCACAAAUGCAGCACAUUAUAUAAAUAGAUUAGAUGAUAAUCAGCGAAUUCUUGGACGAUGUGGAGGGUAUUGUGGAACCUGUACUCCGGACCCUAUCACUGGGCUAAAGCUGAUUCUUCGAGAUGGCUGAAAUCUUGGUCCAGAAGGAUAUCUAAUUUUUUCUUCAGGAAGCCCUUUGCAUUACAAGGGCAUUUAAUGAAGUUGGUUAAUAUGGUGGGGUGAAAGUUCUGAUCUGGAUUUGAUGAGCAAUUCCAGAAUAAAUUUGAUUAGUGCAUCCUUAUAAAAAUGAGAUGGUUUUAAUUCUAUUGAAAUUAAAUGCCAGCUGAAUUAGUUAUAAGGUUAAUGUGUGUAUCAAGAGAGAGAAAACAACUGCCAAAUACUUUAACACUGCCAUUAUGUUAAUAAAUCUAUGCAGCAGCAUUAUCCAAAGCUCUCUUGAGUGCUUAAGCAUUGGCACACUAUGCAUUAAAAUGUUCUCUUAUAUGAUCCUGGUCCAAUCUGCACUAAUAGAUGUUCCAUAUUGGCCAGAGGAUUCACUGCCCACCGAUGGACCCGUUCUUGAUCUCAAAUAAUAAUGCGGAUAGAAUUCAUGGUUGAAAUAGAAAUGUAUUUGAUGAGCUGAAAUGAGGAAAUGAUCCAGAUUUCUUACUUUGAAAGCUGUGGCAGUUGUGCGUGGUCUCAGUCUAACCUUAGGUUGUACGGUAAGUGCACUUGUACACAGGAGUCCCUGGAUGAUGGUACCCUGGCAGGUACACGGGAGUCCCUGGAUAAUGGUACUCUGGCAGGUACACAGGAGUCCCUGGAUGAUGGUACCUUGGCAGGUACACAGGAGUCCCUGGAUGAUGGUAUCCUGGCAGGUACACAGGAGUCCCUGGAUGAUGGUAUCCUGGCAGGUACACAGGAGUCCCUGGAUGAUGUACCCUGGCAGGUACACAGGAGUCCCUGGAUGAUGGUACCCUGGCAGGUACACAGGAGUCCCUGGAUGAUGGUACCCUGGCAGGUACACAGGAGUCCCUGGAUGAUGUACCCUGGCAGGUACACAGGAGUCCCUGGAUGAUGGUACCCUGGCAGGUACACAGGAGUCCCUGGAUGAUGGUACCCUGGCAGGUACACAGGAGUCCCUGGAUGAUGUACCCUGGCAGGUACACAGGAGUCACUUAGUGGCAUUUUGCCCCCACAGAUUUUGAGAUUUAUCUUUUACUUAGUGUGAAUGUUUGCAUGAUGAUAGGACAAAAAAAAAAUAUAUAUAAGCUGUAUAUUUUAUAUAUAAACCGAACAGGGAAAGCAAAACUGCAUAUGUUUCACUACCAAGAAGUAUAAUGCAUUAACUGCUUAACUACAGCGCAUUAUAAUAUGACAUGCGCCGCAAAAAAUUGUUUCGACAAAAUUAUUUUAUCUUGUAUUGUUAAAAUGCAGUCUCUGAUCAAGGGAAAUUAAACUCAAUUAUUGUAUGUGACAUACUUUAGCUAUGAUGGGGCUGAGGGAGUAGGCGCCCUGAUGUGCUCGCCUCGCUCGUGAGGCGGCAGUUCCCGCAAAUAUAAUUUUUCAAAAUUAUUUUCAUGUAAAUACUUUUGGUGGAACAUUUUUACAUAAUUAUUUCAGUGUCUGAAUGGUUUUAUAUCUAGUUUUUUGCAGUAAUAUUAUUCAUUAGUGUGUAAUUUGUGGAAUUUAUAUAGUUAAAUGUGUGAAACAUCGCUAUGCUCAAAAAGAUGAGGCUCAUGUAUGGUGACAGGUAUAUUAUAUUCUUAGAUCAACCAGUGUUCUUGCUGUUAUUACGCUAUAUACACACAUUAUAUAUAUCACUUUCAACAUUGAUAUGCACCAUAACAAAGUAAUAAACAGUUCUGGUGGGUAUGGUGAUGAAAUCAAAACACAGCAUGGAGCCACAUGAUACUAGCAGAUGAUGCCAGUAGUUGCGUGAUGCAAGACAAUGCCUCCAAUAUUCUACACAUCUCGAUAUGACCAGCUACAAAACUGCUGUUAUUACCACAUUCCUGUCACAAAAUUCUGAAUAUCAAUCCAUUUCCACAAGGUUAUAUUGUGAAGGAACAUGCGGUCAUUUCAUGAUGCGUAGAUGCAGGAAACAGUGGCUGGGUGCUGUCUCUCUCUCUACCUCACGCUAUGAAUACAUAACUGGCAUUGUAUUCAUUGAUAUCUGAACACUGUACAUAAUCUUUAUCACAAUCAGGAUCAUCUAUGACAUUAUCAAUGCAAAAUAAUUGCAGUUACCUAUUUUAUUCAUCAUUACUAAGUGGUGCUGUGGCCCCUAGCUGCACAGCUGUACUGUGAGCUGCUGCUGCAUGUGUGAGGCCCUUACAGCCAGUAUGGAUGCUGAUGAAUUUUUUCAAGGUGGCUUUUGUUUACAGGAGUCCUGUGGCACGGAAUGUGAACCUCGUGUACCCGCAGGACUUUUGAAUCACUCCCUAUACCUAAAAGUCCCAUAUGGCACUCUGCACAUCCCCAGUUCGGUGCCUUAAGGCACUCUGUGCAGUGCAGUGGUUAAGAAAGCAAUACCAAUUAAAAAAACGUUACUGUGUAAUUAUUAUUUUUAGAUCAUUAGACUGUAACCUUGUGCAAUAGCAAUAUUAUUUGUCUUUGUGUGUAUGAUACCACAACCAAAAUCAUAAUAGCACUUUAUAGAAAAUACAUAUAAAUCUCCUUAGUAAAAUCACAUAAUUAUAUGAGAACAUUUUAGGGUAAUUAGUUACCUUUGAAUCACAUGUGAAUGUUGCAGUAAACAAAUUAUCUCCUUCAAUGUUAGAUACAUAUACAUAAAUGUGAAAGCAAAUGUGAUAGUACCCAGUGGUCAUGGAUAAACUGUCACCGGAGGACCACAUAAAGGGCACUCUAUGAGAAACCUAUGCUACACUUUCCAACAUUAGAAAUACUUUUAGAUACAAUAAUGAUCACAUAUUAAAGACAUUGUUCACAAUAUUUGUGAGACCAAAAUUAGAAUAUUGAGCAGUUGUACGGUGCCCAUAUCAUAAAAUAUCAUGUAUCAGUUGUACGGUGCCUUUCGGUAAACUGAAAAAGUUCAGAGAUGCUGCUAUAUGGGUUCCAGAAGUGUAAAAUAAGAGCUACAAGAAGAUGCUAGCGGUGUUAAAUAUGGAGAAGCUAGAAGAUAGUGAUAUGAUCACUGCAUUCAAAAUACUGUAUUAUGUAUCUGGAAUUGACAAAAUAGACAAGGAGGAAUUUUUGAAACUGCAACUUCAAAAACAAGAAGCCAAUGAUUCAAACUAAAGGAAAUAAAGGUGCCAAAAAACAUAUGAAAGCUCUCUUUUUGCAAACAAUUGUAGAAGGUUGAAACAAGCUAAGUGAGAAGGUGGUGCAUACUAAAACCAUCGUUAUCAUCAUCAUCAUAAUAAUACAAUUUUAUUUAUACAAAAGUGCCUAUACUUGAUACACAAUAUAGUGGAGAAUUUGUAAGUAAGAAAUGUACACUACAUAAUCCUACUAUGACCCAGAGCAUUUUGGCCAUAUAUGUAUAAGAAUAAUUAGGAGAUAUUUACAAGUUUAAUUGGGGGUAAAACUAAAAGGGAGGUAGUUUCAAAGUGUUAUAUGACCAAGAUUGUUAGGAAAACAGGACACCACAAGCAUAGCUCACAUACUGUUAAGGACAGUACUCACAAAUCUCCCUCUCGCUUUCCUCAAGGAAACACACAUAGUAUUAUGGUUUAUAAGUUACUUUGUCCAUAUUAUCUAUUAGAAAACUGAGACUUUAAAACUAUAUUUUUGUCUUGUAAUUAAUUUUUUUUUUUUUUUUUUUUACCAAUAAUUCAUCUUUGUAUUUUUUUAGUGAACAGCUUGAAAGAACAGGGUUCUAAAAAUCCUGUUACCCAGAGGAUAUUUAUGGUCGCUUUAACGUCAGUCUGACGUCAUCGACUGAUGACGGCUGAUGUUAAAGCGACUAAAAAGGCUCACUGGGUAGACAUGUAACAAAACGUGCAAUUUUCAAAAUUGUGUUUUUUUAGACACUUUGUUAGGAAAAAGAUGAAAAUUAGUGUCGCAACCAAAAUGUUAAACGUUUAAUGCAGAUUACUUUAACAGCAGUGUUCUGCACAGUUAGCUCCCAUCUGAAUGAUCCUGUGUUUUGAGUUUUUGUGAGUAUGUUGUGCAUGUUUCUUUAUACCCGCUGCCUCUGUUUACCUAGCAGAAAAUGGGUAUUUGGGAGUUAGGCAACUGUUAUGGGUUCCAUCAUGGGAAAGGUCAUCCAUUGGCUGUUUUAGGACCUUAAUAAUCCUAGCAGACUUCCUGUCUCUCACAAUGGAAAACCUUAAGUGGUACCAUAGAUGCAAUCUCUAAUCUGUAAACUACAAAAUGGUAUGCCUUUGUAUUGUAGGUACUGUACAGUAUUCAGAAGAGUUAAAUAUUUAAAAGGCAAAAUGCCUUGCUUUAUUUGAUGUAUAUUGGAAUUUCUUUAUUUUAGGGAUUAGUAAUUGAGCAGCCCUGGUUGGCUGUUUGGACUAGACCUAGAGUAAAAAUAUACAAAAUACUAUUGUUGAUAUGCAAUUAAUGUUUAAGUGGAGUAAUUAAUAUUCUCAUAGAUUUUUUAUAAAUAUUAAUAAUACUCAGUAAAGUUGUGCACAUGACUGGUUCAUAUGCACAAAUGUCAGGCUGCCAAUUAUGAGUUUUUAUACUUGUUAUUACAUUAUUUAUACAUAUUCAUUAUUUAUUUUAUCAUACAAUUCACAUUUAUAUAUAAUUUUUUUAUCAUCACAUUCUAAUAACUGCUUCCUGCCUACUUUCUGAGCUGACUCCCAUUGGAAUCUCAUUAAUUAUGGCACUGAGCAUAAUAGCAUGCAAUGGCAUUGUCACGUUACUGAGUGGCUUUCCCACCACAUGUAAUUAUCUAAGUGAUGUAAAAAAAAAAUUGGAAGUUGCUUUGCUCCCUGAACAAGUGAGGAACAAAUGAAGAUCCAAGCUCCUAGGAAUGCCACCUAGCAGUAGGAGGGUUGUUUAUUUUGUUUUGCUCUAUCUUUUUGGUGGCUUAUUCUCUAGGUUAGGUUGAUUUAGCAUACCCCUGCUCUUUGUUCCACUUUGAGUAGACCAGGUUUGGGUCUCUGGUCUCUGGUAAAUGACUCGCAAGUUCCUGACGAAACAUGACACGAUGUGUAGACGUAUCCAGAUGGUUAGCUUAAGGAACCCACUAAGCCCUGCUAGAAAGUAGGGAAAACACAAA